AUGGGAUUCUUGUUGCUCCCGGAUUCUGGUCUCCUGCGGAAUGUGAGGAAGCUCUACAUUUUCCGGAGCCAGGAGAGACGCGUGAGGCUGCGAGGGUGGAUGAAUUCGUCCUUGGGGUGUUCGAUCAACAGGGUUGGCGCUGCUGGCCCCAAGGCCUCGACCAAGCCAGUGUAUGAGUUUCAACUGCCACCCUACUUCCUGAACAAUGCACGAGCCCUGGGCUGUCUGGAAGUCGCCAACGGCGCGUACGCGCCGAACUUACGAAUGCGUGGGCAGCGCCUUUGUGAAGACGACUUGGGUCACUUGUGCUUGGCGAAAGCUGAUGAGCUUGUGGCCUCUGCAGCCCGCCUGUCAGGCAAGAGGAAACACGAUGUGGUCAUGGACAGCUUGCGCACCAAAGGCGGCCGGCGCUUCUUCCGGAAGCUGCUCCGGAACGAGAUCCGGGUCAGAUGGUCGCGCUCGCGAUCGCUUGCGGCUGCGCCACGAGCCGAACCAUCCAGUGGCACUCGUGGAGAAAAGACAGUGGCACUGCCUGCGGGGCCUGUGGUCAGUGAAAGCUACGACCUGUGGCUCGCGGGGCUGCGUCAUGCUGCGUCUAUACGUGUGUGGUCACAGCGAACCCCCCCCAGGGUCGACUGUGGGGGAGAAAGUUUAAGAAGACCCAGGCAUGGGCUCUCUCGAUCAUGGGACCAGUCAGACUGCGUCACAGGUGAGGCACUGCUUCACAUGCUGAGAAAUGGCAAACUGACUGAUGCGUCAGAGAGCUACAACUGGAAAAUGUUUAUUCAUAGAAUCCCUCUGCUUUAG